UAUGCCCAGUCCCUUACUAAUCCUGGUAAAAACAAACGAGCCGUCAAGACCGAACUCUUAACUCUUUGCUUUUGUUGAGCAACAUUCAAUCUCACAAGCAGGAAACUAGGCCACGGCCGCCGGAGCCUGCGGCGCUACACGGUGCACACUAGCGACUGCACUAUUGGGGUGAAAGUGGUUCAGAUGGCAUAUUACCAUUCUGCUAAAAAUUUACUUCGUCAAAUCAUCAAAAAUGGUAGUGUUAAGAAGUUGGAUGGAUUUGCUAAUCCCCAUUUUUUCACUGGCCAAGGACUUAGAUACAGAAAAUUGGAAGUCAUUCUGACAACGAACAUGGAGAAUCUUGGAAAGGCUGGCGAGACUGUGAAGGUGGCGCCAGGGUAUUUCCGCAAUUAUCUAAUGCCUAAGCUACUUGCUGUGCCUAACAUCGACAAGUUUGCUUAUCUCGUGAGAGAGCAAAGAAAGAUCUAUCAGCCUAAAGAGGAGGAAGAAGUUAAGGUAGUUAAAGAAGGUAAGGAAGAUAUGAUGAAAGAGUACAUUGCUGCUGCAAAACGGCUGGAUAAUGCAACAGUGGUUUUUAGAAGAUACUUUAAGGUUGACAAUGAAUUGCGAGAACCUGUGACAAAGGAUGAGAUAAUUGCUGAGGUAGCAAGGCAACUUUCUGUACGCAUUGAACCCGAAAACUUGCAAAUGCCAAACCCUUUGUCAUCAUUGGGGAUGCAUGAGAUACCACUUGUCUUACCAAAAUCCAUUCCAUUGCCCCACGGAAAGCUUGCAUGGACUCUCAAAGUCAAAGUUAGAAGAAAGUAAUGGGAUUUCCUGGCUUAGCUUAGAUCAAUAGUUACUGGUAUUGUAUUUUCAGCCUUGUGGAAGUCAGAUUUUGAAUAAUUUUUGUCUUCCCUCAAGUGUUCAGUUUCACCAAUAGACACCAUUUUAAUUGAAAGUGCAGCAUUCACAGGUGUGAUGGCUAUGGCCUGGACAACCCAUCAUUGAAACACUGAUAAGGCACUUCCAAAAUUGUGACUUUUUGCGUUGGAAAUCAUUUUAGUUCGUUGAUGCGUGAAUGAAUGAGGAUUCUAAUGCUAUGGUUAGUAAAAAGUCAUGUUGUCGGAGCUCGACUAGGGAACUAGACCAAAGGUUCUGAAAAUCUACCUAUUCGGUAUAAUUGUUGAAAAUAAACUUAACUAUUGUUUAUUUUUAGUUUUUACUUACAAAGAAGCUUGAAGAUGGUUAUAAAUAACUGAUAAGUUUAUCUUUACCUUUACUUAA